AUGGUGGAUUGUGGAAAUACUAUCACGAGUCACAUUAUUUCAGGGAGCACUAGAAUUGUCAAAUCAAGGAUAGAAUGUGCAGCUCACUGCUUGACAACUACAGGCUGUGGAACCAUUUUGUUUGACAAUAAGAUCGAGUACGGACAGGAUGGCUUUUGCACGCUUGUCACUGAGUCGUCCCCAAAUACCGACAACAUUUUCAACAUUUACAAAAACGACACAGUCGACAACGACACCGACUACAACGACAACAAUGACACCAACAACAACUACGACUUCACUGACAAUAACAUCGACAACGAUUUUAACUACACUGACACCAACGACAACUACAACGACACCUGCAACAACGACAUCGGCAACAACUACGACUUCACUGACAACAACGACACUGGCAUCAACGACACCGACAACAACAACGACUACACUGUCACCAACGACACCGGCAACAACACCUGCAACAACUACGACUUCAUUGACAACAACGACAACUACAACAACACCAGCAACAACUACGACCUCACUGACAACAAUGACACCAGCAACAACACUAUCAACAACAACUGCGACUAUACUGUCACCAACGACAACUACAACGACACCGGCAACAACGAGACUGAAAACAACAACGACUACACUGUCGCCAACGACACCGACAACAACACCAUCGAAAACAACUACGUCUACACUGUCACCAAAGACAACUACAACGACACUUGCAACAACGACCCUGAAAACAACUACGACUACAUUGUCACCAACUACACUGGCAACAACGACACCGCAACAACGACACUGAAAACAACUACGACUACACUGUCGCCAACGACACCGGCAACAACACCAUCGACAACAACACCAUCGAAAACAAUUACAACUACACUGUCACCAACGACAACUACAACAACACCGGCAACGACACUGAAAACAACUACGACUACACUGUCACCAACGACACCGACAACAACAACAUCGACAACAACUACGACAACACUGUCACCAACGACAACUACAACGACACCUGCAACAACGACACUGAAAACAACUACGACUACAUUGUCACCAACUACACUGGCAACAACGACACCGGCAACAACUACGACUACACUGUCACCAACGACAACUACAACGACACCUGCAACAACGACACUGAAAACAACUACGACUACAUUGUCACCAACUACACUGGCAACAACGACACCGGCAACAACUACGACUACACUGUCACCAACGACAACUUCAACGACACCAACAACAACGACACUGAAAACAACUACGACUACAUUGUCACCAACUACACUGGCAACAACGACACCGGCAACAACUACGACUACACUGUCACCAACGACAACUACAACGACACCAACAACAACGACACUGAAAACAACUACGACUUCACUGUCGCCAACGACACCGGCAACAACACCAUCGACAACAACACCAUUGAAAACAAUUACAACUACACUGUCACCAACGACAACUACAACAACACCGGCAACGACACUGAAAACAACUACGACUACACUGUCACCAACUACACUGGCAACAACGACACCGGCAACAACUACGUCUACACUGUCACCAACGACAACUACAACGACACCAACAACAACGACACUGAAAACAACUACGACUUCACUGUCGCCAACGACACCGGCAACAACACCAUCGACAACAACACCAUUGAAAACAAUUACAACUACACUGUCACCAACGACAACUACAACAACACCGGCAACGACACUGAAAACAACUACAACUACACUGUCACCAACUACACUGGCAACAACGACACCGGCAACAACUACGACUACACUGUCACCAACGACAACAACUACGACACCGGCAACAACGACACUGAAAACAACUACGACUACAUUGUCACCAACUACACUGGCAACAACGACACCGGCAACAACUACGACUACACUGGCACCAACGACAACUACAACGACACCUGCAACAACGACAUUGAAAACAACUACGACUACACUGUCACCAACGACACUGGCAACAAAGACAACGACAACAACUACGACUACACUGUCACCAACGACAACAACUACGACACCGGCAACAACGACACUGAAAACAACUACGACAACACUGAAAACAACAACAGUGGCAACAACAACAUCGACAACAACUACGACUACACUCAACGACAACUACUACGUCACCGGCAACAACGACACUGAAAACAACUACGAAAACACUGUCAUCAACGACACCGGCAACAACAACAUCGACAAAAACUACGACUACACAGUCUCCAACGACAACUACUACGACAUUAGCAACAACGACACUUAA